GUGUCGAAGGCGGCGGCGGAGCUGCUGUCGUACUGCGAGGCCCACGCCUGCCAGGACCCCCUCAUCACCCCCGUCCCCACCUCCGAGAACCCCUUCCGAGAGAAGAAGUUCUUCUGCGCCCUCCUCUGACCCCCAACUUAGGGGGCAGACCCACACUUAUGGGGCUGAGCCACAAUUUGGGGGUUGGGGAUACACUUAGGGGGUUGUAUGACACUUUUUGGGGGCUGGAAAGGAGCUGGGGGCAGCCACAAGUCUUGGGGAGAAGCAUAAAGCUCACAACUUAUGGGGCAGACCCCCAACUUAUGGGGCAGACCCACACUUAUGGGGCUGAGCCACAACUUGGGGGGUGGGGACACGUUUAGGGGGCUGUGUGACACUUUUUGGGGGCUGGAAAGGAGCUGGGGGCAGCCACAAAUAUUGGGGGGAAACAUAAAGCUCGGGGGCUGAGCCACAACUUAUGGGGGAACCCCCAACUUAUGGGGCAGACCCACACUUAUGGGGCUGAGCCACAACUUGGGGGGUGGGGACACAUUUAGGGGGCUGUGUGACACUUUUUGGGGGCUGGAAAGGAGCUGGGGGCAG